AUGAGUCAAGAAGACUCCAACAAUAACACGGCACGCUCUUCUUCCAACAGUAGUAAUCACUCACUCCCCAUUGAUAGUAGUACCACACACAUACAAGAGGACCAUCCCACUCGCAAUGACCUGAUAAUUGCUGAGCCUCCCACCGCCACUGCCACUCCCAAAGUCUCCUCCAACUGCAAUGGUUUGAAAGAUACCAAUAGAAUGGAGUACCCUCAUGAUGAUGGCAAUAUUCUGCACGAGGUUCAGCCCGAGUCACUCAUUCCAACCUCAAACAUUGUUCCAUCACAUAGUGUUAUCAUGGAUAUCCAUAACGACAACAACAAUAAUUCAGACAUGAUGGUUGUUGGAACGAGCCCAAUGAGUCCACGCUCUCCUUCUCAGCCCCUUCUCUCUUCCUCGAAUUCGAAUGCUUGUGAUGCUUUAUCCACUACAACUACUUCAUAUUGUACAACUCCUUCUUCCCCCAUCCCAAAACACGAUCUUGCAAUUCAACCAAGCACUUCAUCUCGUCCCAAAAGCUCCUCUUCCAAUGACGCUCAAUCACGAUCGUCUUCUGCAGUGGAGAGACGUUUGUCAGCUGCUCGUUUUCUCAAGUUAGAGAAGGAUGGUAAAAGUGGGGUGAAUCAAUCUAUUACUUCUCUCAAAACACCCAUGUCCUCCAAUUCCAAAACCAAGUCAAGAAAUAAUUUUCGAAUUCGAACUUGUUUUGGAAUGUUAGAGCUGGGACGAGUGAAAUUAUGUAACUUGCUUUCUUUGAUGGUCAACUUGGUGGCCUUUGUCGUAUUGAGUGUCAUCAUUAUUGGUGGUUAUAUUGGUCAAACAAAAAUUCAAGAACUUGUUUCUGGUAAUUUGGGCCUCGACACGGAAUUGAAUCGUGCUGAAAUGAUCAGUGCGUGUCGGGCAGCUGCUUUUUCAAAUUUUAAUGCAACGAUUGCUGCCAGAUAUCUAGCAUAUUACAAUUCUACUUACCAGAAAUUUAUGGCCAAUGUUAAGAUUAUUCUUGAUCGAGUGCCUAUCGAAAUGCAAUACAACAUUGUGAACAAUAUUUCCUUUUAUGACAUGAGAACCGCUAAGGCAAUGGCAUUAGAGUCAAAGGCUCUUUCAUUCGUAAGGAAGAAAAAUUACACAGCUGCAAUGGAUACUUUAGAGUCGGCACAAUACAAGAAUUAUUUGGAAGGAUUUAAAGAAGAGUUGCAACCGUUAGUGGAAUACGUUUUGGGAAAUACAGCUAGACUUCAAGAGUUAACAACGACUACAAUGACUGUGUGUUUGGUUGUCAUUGUAAGCUCUAUUGUAAUUGUCAUCCCGACUGUCAUCGCCUCAUUGACAGUCUCUAUUAGAAAGGAUUCUUCCAAUGUCAAAAAGUUGAAGAAAAUCAAGACGUAUCUUCUGAAAGAUACCAUGCGAGAUCCAAAAACAAGAAACCAAUUUAAGAACUUUUGUAAGCAAGAGUUGAGUUUGGACAAUUAUCACCUAUUAGAAAAGGUCAAUGAUUAUAAGGUUUUGUGUGACAAAAGUAUUGAUAUUCAAGUGUACCUAUUUGACCAAAGCGACACACUUUCUGAUGUUGCUUCAGAACAAAGUGCAACAACUAACGGAAGUACCAAUCAACCCAAAAAGAAAAAGAAAAAAGUAUAUACUGAGAAAGACUUUGUUGCCGUCGAAAAGAAAAAGUAUGAAAUUGCUUUUGAAAUUUUCACAGAUUAUUUGGAUGUUCGAGGUGAUAAGUCUGUGAAUAUUAACAAAUCUCUAGCUGACCGAGUGAAACAAUGUUUGGAUAUCUUUGCAACUGGUCAAAGUGAGCAAUUGCCAGAUAACUUGUUCGAGAAUGUGGAAUCCGAAAUUUGUCUUCUCUUAUUGGAUACUCACCGCCGAUUUAUUGCAUCCUUAGAAUGUCAGAAACAAAACAAGAUGGAAGUGCUCGCCAAACUCAAGCUCAGCAAAAAGAGCCAAGUGAAUCAACAAUAA